AACAGAACGAAAAAAUCUAAAUAAUAAUCAAUAUACUACAAACUCUUCAAGACGACGAAGAGGUAAAAUGAUGAUAGGUUAUAGCUGCAUAUCUCGUAAAUAGAUCUUUCAUGCGGGUCGCGUUUUUGUUUAUUUGUACCUGUUUUCCCUUCUGCUCUCAUUGGUUUGAUUGGAGUCUCCAUGAGGCUCCCACCACCGACCGUACAAACCCAACGACUUACUAACCAGUCGCCUCUGGUCUCCACUCUCUUUGAGUAUAAGUUUUAAGUUCAAUAAUCUUUGCGGGCGCGAGUGAGACCGAGCGACCAUGUCGUCGUUGUCAGAACCCAUUUGCCAGGCUUUAAACCUAUCAGACAGCAAGCCAUGCACUGAACCUGCUGUAGUUUGGGAUAAUCUAUUCUGCAGAUUUCAUGGAAAACAAUGCCACGGGCUCUAUGCUGGGUACAAGAAGAGGAAUGGGGAAUUGGAUGGCUUGGCUGACGAAGCCCCUCAGUACCUCAAAUCGAGUGCCAUUCCCCUUGCUAACGAAACCUUCGAACGUGUUGAAGACGAGACUGUCCUGAACGAGAUCCAUUCUCACCUAUUCAAAGAGUACGUCCUCUUGAGCAAGGUCAUCGAUGCUAGGAAGCUUCAUCAUAAGCAUUUCUACCCCAUGAAGCUAGAUUAUGGGCACCAGGCAUAUCUCGAUACUUUAUCAAACCGAAGACACAUCGUGCUUCGUGCGCUUGAAAGAGUUGUGAAGCGCACGGCUGAGGUACUCUAUGCAAAGGAGAAGUGGUUCGAAUGGAUAGAAGAGGUCCAGCACCACGAGGAGUCGACCCGCGAGAAGGAAGCCAAGAAGGUCAAACUCGAAGCAGCCAUGUUCAAGCGACACUGGAAAAAGAUGCAGACCCGCCUUCGAGCCCAACGCGAGAAAGAAGAGAAGCAGAGGCAAGAGGCCUUUCUUGAAAGUGCCUACCAAGAACGCAUCAAUGCUACCACGGAAGACGACGAAGAUGCCGAGAUGUGGGAUCCCAUCGAGGAUUUUCUUGAAGAUGAGCGCGCCCGAUAUGUCGAUCUCAUUAAACAUUUUUUAUGGAUGGAGGUGCUGAACGAAGGAGACGAGGACGAAGCAAAGCAGGCGGCAACUGCCACCACCGACCUGGUCACGGAAACCCAGGACUUGAGUAUAUCAACUUCUGCUCCGACGAAGAAGACCAAAAAGAAGUCGAAACCAAAAGAUGCCAAGAACUCGGCCGCAGCCAGCAAGCCGCCCCAAUCGCGUACUGCUGAUACUAGACAAUCUCAGAGCGAACGCGCUGGCCAAACCAAAAUCCUGGAUAUGAUUAACAGCAAAGAAACCGGCCGAAAGGCUGUCGGGAAUAACCCAGAGCCAGACAAGACCAAUAUUGAGACUGAAGAAGAAAUGCGAAAUCGCCUCAAGGAAGGGGUUGAGAAGAACUACGAUGACGUUCGUGGACCUAUCUUAGUAGGGUCCUUAGAGACACCCCAUGGGACGCACGAAAAAACGCCACCCUUGGAAGAUGAUGAGAUUGAAACCCUGAUGCAGGAUAUCAAGGAGAUUAAGAUUCUUUUGUUUUGCCGUCUUCUCUUGUCACAUGCAUCGCUUCUUCCGGCUGCUUUACGGGCCGGCAGCGUGGACGAGUUUCUCAAAGACCCCGAGAUCACCGAGGCCGAUUUACGUGAUAUAUGUCUCAAGGUCGAACAGCCGAGUCUACAAGAUAUCAGAGACGCCUGUGCAGAUCUUCUUCGUGGAGAUGAACCGGAGAGCGAAGAGGCAUUGGAUGAUGAGAAUGAGGACAUCUCGUUGGAGGACAUCUUUAUGCAUGAUCGCCGAUACGGCCAUUUGCAAGGCGCAAUGUGGUAUUAUGAGAGUAUGCUUGCGCAGCGAUCUAAGAUCUUGGGCGAGCCAGCCAUGAGCCUGAGAGAGCUUCUGAAACCAGCAAUGAAAAAAGCCGAGAGAGUCAAGGUCCGUGUGCUUGGCAAAAGCAUCUGGAACUAUUCUAGCGAGUCAUCCAUGUCCCGUCAAGGUUGGCUACAGUUUUCUGUGUUGGCCAAAGGCUGUGAUCUCAGACAUGCGGUUCAGUUAUGCAGGAAUUGGUCUGAAUUCUCGGAACUUAAUUUCCUCGCUUCUUGGCAGUAUUUCCCCGCGUCAAAUUGGGUGUCUUGGGGGACGGACCGACUGACCAAACAGCUACACGACUUGGGCUUCUUUCCCUUUUUCCUCGAUCUUGGCGCCGAGAACUUCAGUCAUCACUUCCCGGCCGGCGGUUCUCGGAGUCAACAAAGACGAAGACACGAUUUUGUUGAAUCGAGAAAUAUCCUAGUAGGUCACAUGAAGAGAAACGACUCAGUCACCCGCCGGUUCCUCCAAUAUGUCAGUAUGCGACCAGGUGAGCUACUACUAGUUGUGCGGGACGGAAGAACAGGCAAGAUCAUAACGGCACCUCGCAAUGAAGAUUCGUUUUGGACCUUGCGAUCCAAGCAUGGCAUAGGGCGUGCGUCCAAAAACGAAUGGGAUAUUCAUCUCAGCAUUGGACCAGAGUACUUCGAAUUCGUGGAGCAGCAUCGGAACUGGCAUCUGGGAUUUGACGAUUAUUAUGAAGUUUGGCUAUGGCAUUUCGUCCCCGGAGAGGCAGGAAGUAUGCUGUAUAAUGUAGUUGUUGAGGAUCUUCGUAAGGCUUGGCGCAUCGCGAAGCCAAACGAUAUUUACAAUCACCAGGAGCAUUUCCUACGCACGCUCACACGAAACGAGAAGACGCAACGGGUGCGUUUGAUCAAGCCUGAAGAACAAGCGAAGAGCCUUUGGGAUGAUGUGCGGAACCCAAAUAACAUAUUUGUUCUAACAGAUCUCUCGAGCCAGUCUACUAAGACUUUUCAAGGCGACAAUACGGGAAAGGUGGCACCGCACAUAUUCUACAACGAAGCUGACGCAGAAGAAGAUACCGUCCUUUUCCCAGACGAACUGUUAGCCCCUAAUCCUAAUAUGCCGUUCAAAGAAGUUAGUAAUCCGAUCACACGGCUUGAAGAAGGCGCCGGGGAUAUGAACAGGUAUCUUACAAAACUGAGCAUGGCGGCCUUCCGUUCUAAGAAUCCCUUUCCAGGCGAGUAUGGCGAUAGUGAAGAGUCCGUCAAAUCUGGCGAUUCGGUCUACGAUCAUGACGAUGGUGCCCUUGACCUCGAGCCGAUGGAAGACCCUUCAGGUGACGACCUCGAGGUUGUAAAACAUUGGCGUUCGCCACGCUUGUGGGAAGACGAGAUUACGAGGAUUAAUGAAAAUGGCAUCGAUUACGAAGCGAAGAAAAGGUUUUCGAAUGUCGGGCUACUGGACCUGCGGACUGGGGAAGCUCGGAAGGGCAUGAGUGAAACAGACUUUAUUAAGAAUAUACGCCAGUUUGAUCAAAUGACGCUGUCAGAGAAAGACCGUGGCGCUGCCUUCCUCAAAGCUUUUCAUGCAGGUGAUCUUGAGCCUGAUGGGCCGAGAAAAUACGAAGAGACGUGUGCCAUCGUUGACGGUAUCUUGAAUCAACAAGGAACCGAUGGCAGCCAAGCUUGGUUCUGGUUUGCAUUGGAAAUCUUCGAAUGGCUUAAGGUCAGGGCCCAUUACGCUGAGUACACCCAGGAUAUGAUGGCUCCCUGGCCGCAUCCGUUCAUCACUCAGGAUAUUAUGAAAGCUUGGGCGUACAUGGCAAUCUUCUUCCCCGAUCUUGAGCAGUGUCGGCCCGCCACUCAGUUCUUCGAGUCCGAGGAAGGUCGGCAAUAUCAGCAAUCUCCUCUUCGGGAUCUGCGUCAGCGCGCCUCAACUCUGCCUGAUAGACGCACCAAGACAAGUUUCAAGUACAGACCGAAGAAAUUCUGGAAGGAGUGGGAUGACAUUCUACAAGAAUGUAAAAAGACGGGGACUUACUUUGCGGACGCUAUGCCGCUGAAAUGGAGCGUCGUUACUCGCCCCAUUAUCGCCAAAUUAUACCUCGCCGGCAUAGUCUCCCCCGUGCUCAUGCAAAACAGCCCUCUAGUCGUCCCAGGGUUCGCAGUAGCCAACACCGAGCCGCACCGCCCCGACAAACUAGACUUGUUCAUCGACUACGCGGAUCGGCAGAAAGCAAAGCCGUACCCGACGGACAUUCCAGGGCUCGUGCGACCGGAGGAUUUCCCUUCACUUCUUCCGAUCGCGCGCGACUUCGCAAAGACGAAUGCAGGGGCGCGGUUCGCUGUACUCCGCCUCUGGUCCGCGCCGCACUUCUACCCCGCGAUGCUGGGCGACGGCAACAAGAUGGGCACGGCGUUCCUGGAUAGCUUGUCGCGCGCCUGGCGGUGGAACUUCAUACCCAAGGAUAUGCCUGUUUCGGAGUGGAGUAUGUAUAAUAACAUCAAGAUCCGUCUCGAUCUCAUCAAAAAGCAGCUCGGCGAUCGCGUCGCGCACCGCGAUGAUGUCGUUCUUGUCAUGGCCGUCGACCAGCUUGAUCUGCUGCGGCAUGCUGUGGCUGUCACCUUUGCGAUCCAGACGAAGCCGUGGUUUCGCGAGUUCGAUCUCUGGAAGAGCUUUGUUAAUGUCGAUAUUAAGUUUUUGGAGGGGCUGGACCCUUAUUGGCUUAGUUGAGUCUUGUUGGGAGACUGGCUAGCAUCUUCAUGGUCUUGAAGUGUGUAUUUAUGCAGGAAGCUUCAGUGUGUAAUCUAUUGAUGAUAAUGAUGAUCAUAUUUGCAUAAUCAUGAAAAUUUUUAAAAGUAAGGUCUGAAGUUCCCAUCGAAUAUGCUGGGGGGGGGGGGGGGGGGG